GAGAGCGCAUCCCAGACCGAGAAGGUCGGAGGCAGAAGCCGGGAAGGAGACUUCUGAACAAACUGUGAAUAUAUUACUGAGAAGAAACAGGGGCAGCCUGUGUAAAUAGGUCUCAAUUUGAUACUGGCUAUUGGAAGAGCUUGCUCAGAGGCUGAUUGAAAUAUUCUCCAGUAGUUAUGGCUGCAAAUUGGACACUCUCAUGGGUUCAGGGAGGACCCUGCAACAGCCCUGGGUCAGAGACUCCACGGUCUGUGGUGUCCCCAGGAACUCAACUUGGAAAUCACGACAGGAACCCUGAGACUUGGCACAUGAACUUCAGGAUGUUCAGCUGCCCAGAGGAGUCGGACCCCCUCCAGGCUCUGAGGAAACUCACUGAGCUGUGCCAUAUGUGGCUGAGGCCCGACCUCCACACCAAAGAGCAGAUCCUGGACAUGCUGGUGAUGGAGCAGUUCAUGAUCUCCAUGCCCCAGGAGCUCCAGGUCUUAGUCAAGGUGAACGGUGUGCAGAGCUGCAAAGACCUGGAGGACCUGCUACGAAAUAACAGAAGACCCAAGAAAUGGUCUGUAGUCAACUUGUUCGGCAAAGAAUAUCUUAUGCUGAACUCAGAUGUCGAGAUGGCUGAAGCCCCCGUCAGUGUCAGAGAUGAUCCGAGAGACGUGUCCAGCCAGUGGGCCUCCUCUGUGAACCAGAUGUGUCCGGGGAAAGGCCAGGCCCGCCGAGAGCAGCAGAUCCUGCCCAGGGUCCCUGCAUUGUCCAGGAGGCAGGGAGAGGACUUUCUGCUACACAAGAGUAUUGACGUAACAGGUGACCCAAAGUCUCCGAGACCCAAGCAGACCUUGGAGAAGGAUCUGAAGGAAAACAGGGAAGAGAACCCAGGACUGACAUCCCCAGAGCCUCAGCUUCCAAAGAGUCCCACAGAUCUGGUGAGAGCAAAGGAGGGGAAGGAACCCCAGAAAAGAGCCUCUGUGGAAAAUGUGGAUGCUGACACACCUUCUGCCUGUGUUGUGGAGAGAGAAGCUUCGACUCACAGCGGGAACAGAGGAGACGCUCUGAAUCUGAGCAGUCCCAAAAGAAGCAAACCAGAUGCCUCCUCCAUUUCCCAAGAAGAGCCUCAAGGAGAAGCCACACCUGUGGGCAACAGAGAAUCCCCGGGACAAGCUGAGAUCAAUCCAGUUCAUUCCCCAGGCCCUGUGGGCCUGGUCAGUCACCCAGAUGGCCAAGAAGCCAAGGCCCUGCCGCCCUUUGCAUGUGACGUGUGCAAUAAAUCAUUUAAGUAUUUUUCCCAGCUAAGCAUCCACAGGAGGUCACACACAGGAGACAGACCCUUUCAGUGUGAUCUCUGUCUGAAGCGCUUCUUGCAGCCUUCAGACCUCCGAGUUCACCAGCGAGUCCACACUGGCGAGAGGCCCUACGUGUGUGACGUCUGCCAAAAGCGGUUCGCCCACGAGUCCACCUUACAGGGCCACAAGAGGAUCCACACCGGGGAGAGGCCGUUCAAAUGUAAAUACUGCAGCAAAGUUUUCAGCCACAAGGGGAACCUGAACGUUCACCAGCGCACCCACUCCGGAGAGAAGCCCUACAAAUGUGCCACCUGUCAAAAGGCCUUCCGUCAGCUGGGGACAUUCAAGCGUCACCUGAAAACACACCGGGAAACCACCUCCCAGUGAUUCCAGAGUCAGGUCCACAUCCUCCACCCAAAGAGACAGUGAAUGAUGGUUUUUCUCCAAUGUUACCAGAUGACAUAUACACUUAAAGCACUUGGUAGGAAUUGCCCGGAUGUUUGAGUAAAUAUUUAUCCUCCCCCAUG